AGCUAAUGUAAGUACAGCAUAUGGAAUCAUCUUCUUCGCACUGACAGAAUUUGAAUGGAAAGGCAUUGUCCCUAAUGAUGUCCACUCAGAAAGGCCCAGUGAUGACUCUACCAGUUGGGCAGACCCACGGGAGAGAGCUGAGAUCGACGGCUGGCCUCCGUGAACCCUUACAGGGGCCAGAUGUUCUUCCCUUCCAACAAAAGGACUCCAAGUCUAAGACUUUAAGCACUACACCUGUAAACCUCAAGCUUUCGGGUAAAUUCGGCAAUUUCUCAGCCACCACGUGGAUGUGUUGCUAUAAGGACCCCCAAGUGUUCUGCCAACAGAACAAUUUUGUCAAUGAGCAGAGAGAACGUUCGGACACGCCUCCCGUUUCCUGUCAGACCGAGCGUGGUGUGUUUUCAUCUGAAACACAGUCCAGGAUUGUUUCUGCUUCUCAGUUCGGCCUGCGUGACUCCCACGGAAAGAGCCAUGGGACCCACCCCUACACUGUGAAACAUAAACCCAGCUCAAUUGCAUUUUCAGACUAUGAUCAUCUUUACAGUACGGCUGGCAGAACCUUCAUCAGUAAGAGCUCUGAUGGUGGAGAGUCUUCUUCAGCAAACAGUGAUGAUGAUGAUGAUGGUGAUGGUGAUGAUGAUGAAGGCAAGGUGUACACUGAUUUGCCACAAUGUAGGGAUUCCAUUGCCAGCUGGAGACAGAGUGGCAUAAAACUGAGAACAAAAUUAAGGAGGAAUCAGAUAAGGAGGUGUGAGGAGGUCCUGUCUGACAGACAGAGCGGUGUGGACUCUAUGAGCUACAGCAGUGCGGAGGAAGACAGGGAGUCUGUAGGAGAGAGACAGGUCAUGUCUCUGUCGGGAGACUCUCUGAUCCAGCUCAUGAGAAUGCUGAACCAGCUCAGUCGUGAAAUUCAGGAAGCGUUGAACUCUGUAUCCUCUGCUUCUCCUCAUUCCACCUACGAGCCUAAUCAUACCCCAAAUCCCAUUCAGAUGACAACAAUUCAGAGAAAUCGGGAUCAGGAACAUUGUGUACCUGAAGGGACACGCAGGGCAGAAUGCAGAAGGAGGAACAGUGUCAGCCGAACCGAAGGGACGGAAACUGGGGAGAAUCGGACCGAGGUGAGAGUGAAGAUGAGUGACGCAUCAGCAGAACUUGAAGCGAAGGAGGCAUGCGAUUGGUUGAGGGCAGCGGGGUUCCCACAGUAUGCCCAGCUUUAUGAGGAUUCCCAGUUCCCUGUCGACAUAUCCACUGUCAAAAGAGACCAUGACUUUCUGGACAAAGACCUGGUGGAGCCCCUGUGUCGGAGACUCAACACUCUGAACAAGUGUGCCUCCAUGAAACUGGAUGUCAGCUCUCCCAGAAAGAAAAGUGAGGAUUCUGAUGAGGACGACCUGUUGGCCAUCAGUAACAGAUGGACGUUUGAGUGGAGCAGUCGCCGGUGGUCCAGGCUGCAGGACAUCGACUUUCUGCUGGGCGGUGCGGAGAGGCGGAGUCUCUCAGAGGUGGGGGAGGGACUAAGGAGCACAGUGAGCAGCGAGAGCGUUCUGACGGACUUGAGCGAGCCAGAGAUCUCCUCGCUGCACAGCGAGGACUCUGUCGGGCUGAUGUUGGACUCCGCCUCUCUGGUGCCCAUACAGAUGCCCAGGGACCUGCCUCAUUACGGCUCUCUUCCCGCCAAGAGCGGGCGGCAUGGUCGCACGCGCGCCAAGGACUUCCUGCGUCGCAUGGAGUCGUUGCGUUCGUGGGGGCCGUCGCUGGGACGGUCAGAACGACGGUCGUUAGUCAUCAGCGGACCUGUGCUCCAGCAUGAGCCCGAGACAAUAAAAACCCUUCGCUGUGUCCAGAUAGUUAACGGAGAGCUGGCCUCCCAAGAAAACAUGCCCCCUGCCAACAUUUAUCCGACCACACACCCAAUCAGCAGCGAAGGUAGUAGCCAAUCAGAAACUAGCGGGAGCGCAGGAAGCACGCCCGUCCUUAAGGGCCGCGUCCUUAAACCACAGCUUCCCUGUAAACGUUUGGGCGUGUACCUGGAGGACAUGGAUGUACUCGCCGGCGCCCCCCAGAGGAGGAAACCCGUAGAGCAGAGCCGCAGAAAUGAGUUUCGUUCCUACGAAGACCUCGUGGUUCACGUCCCAAAGGACCACAAGCCGGGUACUUUUCCUAAAGCUCUGUCCAUAGAAAGCCUGGCGCCUGGAGGCAGGGAUUCGGGGAAAUGGCAAGCAGGCGGCACGGAUAAGCAACAGAGGAAGGCUGGUGGCAGGGAGUCUCGGCCCGCCACACAAUGCUGCCCGCAGGGCAGCCGCAUCAGCGUGUACGACAACGUGCCAGGUUCCCACCUGUACGCCAGCACGGGCGACCUGAUGGACCUGGAGAAAGAGGACCUAUUUCCGCACCUUGACGACAUCCUCCAACACGUGAACGGCCUGCAGCAGAUCGUGGACCACUGGUCCAAAAACGUCCUGCCGGAGGGGGAGGGAGACGGAGACGGGGACGGGGAGACGGAAGGGGAAGACGCGGAGCGAGCGAGAGGAAUGACAAGGGUGCAGUCCUCCAGCCAAAUCACGCUGGACUUCGAGGGGACUUCGGUUACGGAAGGACAGACCACGCCCAGCGACGUCGACAGAGACGGCGUCUCCCUGAACGACACGGAUUCCAGCAGCACGCGGGAAAGGAGAGAUUCGGGAGUGGGGGCAUCGCUCACUCGACCUCGUCUCAGAUGGCCCAGCUUCAGGAUGUCGAACCGCCUUAGCCAAUCAGGAGCCUCGUUGCAGAUUACUAGCCAAUCAGCCAGCCAGCUUAGUCUGCUACAGAAGUUUUCUUUGCUACGCCUCACUGCUAUCAUGGAGAAAUACUCCAUGUCCAAUAAACACGGAUGGACCUGGUCAGUGCCAAAGUUUAUGAAGAGAAUGAAAGGUCCGGACUACAAAGAUAAGACGGUGUUUGGCGUACCCCUCAUCGUCCACGUGCAGCGUUAUGGUCAGCCGCUGCCCCUCAGCAUCCAGUUAGCCCUGCGUUACCUCAGGAGUCAGUGUCUCGACCAGGUGGGUCUGUUCCGUAAGUCAGGGGUGAAGUCCCGUAUUCAGGCCCUGAGACAGAUGUGUGAGAGUUCUCCGGAUAACGUGAAUUAUGAGGACCAGUCGGCAUAUGACGUGGCUGAUAUGGUGAAACAGUUUUUCAGAGACCUGCCCGAGCCCUUACUGACCAGCAAGCUCGGAGAGACCUUCCUGCACAUUUACCAGUAUGUUCCUAAGGAGCAGCGUUUGCAGGCUGUCCAGGCUGCCAUUAUGCUCAUGUCUGACGAGAACCGUGAAGUUCUGCAGACGCUGCUCUGUUUCCUGAGCGACGUCACCUCCUCGGUGGAGGAGAACCAAAUGACUCCCAUGAAUCUGGCAGUGUGCCUCGCCCCCUCCCUCUUCCACCUCAACAUUAUGAAGAACGACAACCUGUCACCCAGGUCGAUCCAGAGGAAGUACGCCACGGGCCGACCCGACCAGAAAGACCUGACGGAGAACCUGGCCGCCACCCAGGGGCUCGCUCAUAUGAUCACCGAGUGCAACCGUCUCUUCCAGAUCCCCCAGGAGAUGCUCACCCAAUCACGUAACUCCUACAUGGAAGCUGAACUGUUAGCGCCCCCUCUGGAAGAACUGUGCAAACAACGUCAGCAAGAAGAAGAAGAGGAGGAAUACGACGAAAGGUCUCAUCGCUCGCACCUGGAGGGCCUCAUUCAGAACCUGCUCAAAGAGGCCAAAGACAAAACCAAGGCCUGGGUGAGCCGCCCCAACACAGACAACACCGAGCUGUCAUUCAAAAAGGUUGGAGAUGGGACACCACUAAGGAGGUGGCGUGCGUCUGUGGAGGUGGAGGCUCCUCCGUCAGUGGUGCUGAACCGCGUGCUGCGAGAGCGCCACCUGUGGGACAGUGACCUGCUCCAGGGGAAAGUUCUGGAAACACUGGACAAGCAAACGGACAUCUAUCAGUACACUCUGAACAGCAUGGCCCCCCACCCCAGCAGAGACUUUGUGGUGCUCAGGUCGUGGAGGACAGACAUGCCGAAGGGUAUGUGCACACUAGUAUCCGUGUCGAUUGACCACGAAGACAGCCCACCGAUGGGAGGAGUCAGAGGAGUGGUCCUGGAGUCACAGUACCUUCUAGAACCGUGCGGAUCGGGCAAGUCCAGGCUCACGCACAUCUGCAGGGUUGAUCUAAAGGGGCGGUCACCUGAGUGGUACAACAAAGCGUACGGUCACCUGUGUGCCGCCGAGGCUGCGCGCAUCCGAAAUUCCUUCCAGCCACUGGAUGCUACCGGCCCAGAGACCAAGAUCUGAGCUCGUAUAGCUCAGCGCAGGUAUAAGGGACCAGAUCCUGGCCACAGAUCUGAAGCAGGUGCCCAGAACAGAGAACCAGGAGGAGGCAAGAUAAGAGGA